AUGAACUCCAAAACUCCUAAUGAAAAUGGUGUGAUUCUAUGCGAUGAGUCUGACGAGGAUUGUCAAGAUGAAACAACCACAGUUAAACAAUAUAACCUAGCUCAACCUGAUGAGUCAUCUUACAAACAAUCACUGAAAAGCAUAUUUACCGAAAUGGAGAGCACAGUGUUUGCCAACGUAGUCAACACAACCGGGUCGACAUCACCAACAGCAUCAUGGACAAUCAACCACCCGGAGCAUGUUGAUUUAAACAGUUCAAACGAGAAAGCUGACAUAAACUACACGACCGAUGACCAGGGCGAACUUGUAGGCUCGGAUGAAUUUUACCAACACGUCAACCAAGAGCUAUUGGCGGUGGAGGAGGGGGCGCGUACUUUGCGCCAACGUUUCAACCAUCUAUGGCGCCUAAUACCUAGAUGUGAGCGUGGUGCUUUUAUGAAUUUUUCUACCAAGGUGUUCUCGGUGAUCAAAUGGCUGUGGGACAAACUGGUGUACAUGUUUGAACGGGUGUGCUAUUGGGGCGCCCGUGGCUGGCAGUAUGUGCGCGAUUUGUUUAGCAAAACCUGGAACGAUAUUAAUUCGCUCCUGGGUAUAACAAAUUUUAAAUUACAAAUUAAAAACAUGCGGACCAACGAUAACCCCGAUUAUUCCUCAUCAUCGGUGUCUGACCAGGAAGACAACGAGGUCGAUAAUCAUGAUGACACUUGGCUUUACUACUCCAACUUACUAAUAGUAAGUACGUUGAACACCUGUAGUGUAAACGAUUGGCUAAUGGACCAGGAGAGAUUUGCCCGCACCUCUCGAUAUGUUUUCAACGCGUUGUGGACGGUAGCGUCUGAAAGUGGACGUGGUCUAAUCAUGACCUGUUGUGACAUGGUCAUUUCAUGGUUCAACCGACUUGUUCAUAGACUCGUUGGUUCAAUGGAACGCAAAUUGUAA